AUGACAUUCCCUUUAGGAGCCCUUGUGACCUCAUCAUUGCUCUUUCUUGUUGCUUUUUCACUUCCUAAUGUGCAUUCAAUCAACUCCUCAUGGAAACAUGCUGCUCAUAAUAUUAUCGGACCUAGCAAUCCGAUUAGUACCCCAAAACAUCAUCGGAGAUCGUUUUUAGCUGGUCCAUGGAAGAAAGCACAAGCCACUUUCUACGAGGGAGGCUCAGGAACAUUUGGUGGAGCUUGUGGAUACGAGGAUGUGGUUAAAGAUGGUUAUGGUUUAGACACAGUAGCAUUGAGUACAGUUUUGUUCAACAAAGGUCUAGCAUGUGGUGCAUGUUAUGAAAUAAAAUGUAUGGAGUCUCCUCAAGGGUGUAAGCCAGGGCAACCCUCUCUUUUAGUGACGGCAACUGACCUCUGUCCUCCCAAUUAUGCCCUACCAAGUGACAAUGGAGGAUGGUGCAACCCACCACGUGAACACUUUGAUUUAGCCAAACCAGCUUAUGAAAAAAUUGCUGACUGCAAAGCUGGAAUUGUGUCAGUCCAAUAUCGCAGGGUACCAUGCAAGAGGCAGGGAGGUAUUCGAUUCACAAUCACAGGGAAUCCUUACUUCAACUUAAUAAAAGUGUCUAAUGUUGGAGGAUCAGGUGAUGUGGUAGGAGUGCAAGUGAAGGGUGAAGGCCAACUGAAAUGGACAGAUUUGAAGAGAAAUUGGGGUCAGAGAUGGGAGACUAAUGCAAUGUUAUCUGGAGAGACAUUGACCUUCAGAGUGACCACAAGUGAUGGAAGGUGCACCACCUCUGAGGCUGUUGCCCCCAAGGGUUGGCAGUUUGGUCAGACAUUUGUAGGCAAAAACUUGGCAUAAAUUAAUUUAACCACUCAUCAUUUAGUUAUUAUUAUCAUUUAGUUUGGCUUAUGUAGUCAUGGUUUGAGUCUUGCAUGGGAGAUG